AUGGUGUUGCAAAAUGCCAGUGAAGUCCAAGAGAAAUAUGACUAUUUUGCCCCUAUCUUUUUAUCCCCUUUUUUUGUAUAUGUGGGAUGCUCUGAGAACCUGGACUUGCAUUUAGCUCCAAUCACACUAGUGAAACUAAACCCAAAAGAUGUUGUACAAUUUCCAAAACUUAUUACUCAGGGAAGUAACAACCGAUCACCCUUCUCUUUUCAUCCACAAAAACCAGAUGAUGUUGCUACGAGUGGACACCAAAGCUUCUCUUUGUGUGAUUUCUGUCUUCUAUCCACUGAUUAUAAAAGAUAUGAGUCUGUAACUCUGUUUGCUUAUUUCCAGAAAUACCCCUCUGUUCCUAAAAUUUGUGCUGAAUAUUAUCUGCAGGAAAUGAUGGGAUUAGCAUACUUCAUGUUGAAUCAAUCAAAAAAGAUGCUGAAUAUUGCACGGAAAACACCUUCAGCACUUAUGUACGUAUUAGGACAUCAAUGCGUCAUGGUGUGGCCUUUGGUGGAUAAAGAGGGUGUUGGUGUUUGCUUUCAUUUCUCUUAUGAGGAACCUCUUCAUUCAGCUGUGAUGCUUGUUCCAAUUAUGUUAAGAAAAUAUGGAUUUCAUUUCAUUCUUUCUGGUGAUCUGUACAAGAAAUGGGAUCAGAGUAAUGGUGCAAUGGAUCCAGAGGUUCUAAAAGAAUUUGUUUCAGUCCACAAAGAGGGCAGCUUAAUGUUUCCAUUCGAUUCUGAUCCAAUUCAAAAAGUGGCAAAUAUUUCGUUUGUUGCACAAGAGGUUGAUAAAAGUAUCGUUUUGUUGCAAGCUCCAAUCACACUAGUGAAACUAAACCCAAAAGAUGUUGUAUCAUUUCCAAAACUUAUUACUCAGGGAAGUAACAACCAAUCACCCUUCUGUUUUCAUCCACCAAAACCAGAUGAUGUUGCUACAAGUGGACACCAAAGGGGCGGCUCAACCAAUUUGGUGGCUCUAAGCGGACCAAAAAUUUGGGGCUAUUUGGUAUUUACUAUACUUAAUGUUAUAAGCCCUCCUCUUUUAGUCGGGCUUGGGAGCGGCAAUAACAAACUAAAAAGGUGUCGGAAUACUUUCUAUCCCGUAUGCCUGGAUUCAGACCCCCUUGUCAUCAAAACAUACCCUAACAUAGGCAAAGUGGCAUUUGGGAGAAAAGGGAGGGCAAUUAUUUCAACCUUCAUGUGCCUCGAGCUUAUUUUGGUGGCAGUUGAGUUUUUAAUUACGGAAGUUGUACUUUCCCAUGGAAACCUGAUUGCCAAUGUUGAUGGUGGAAGUCUUGAAAUUAAGUCCUAUCCAUCGGAUUUGAAGGACAACAUGAAAUUUUUGGAAUACAUGGGGGAAUUGAGUUCAACCUAUGAUUAUAUAACAGAGUAUAUGACUAUAAUAGAGCUUCAAAUUAAUUGCAAAUGUUGUAUGCAUCAAUCAGAUGUUCGACAACCAAAUGUUGAGUGA